AUGGCCGGUGACAUUAUAGUGGAUUCGAAGGAAGACGCCUGUCGAGUUUUCACAUCAUGCGCUACGUGUAUAACGAAGAAAUCUUGCACCUGGUGCGUCACAAAAAGCAGAUGUACCCACCACGCCUGUGGAAAUGACAACGUGAUUUACCCAAGCGACGUCGCCGCUCUCAUGUCGGGCGGGGAGUUCUGUCCCCGAGUUGAUGAAUCAAAGCCAGUCACCAUCAAAAGCGGAGCAAAGGAAAUAUUAGCUGUUAAAAUAACACAAAUCUAUCUCUACAUGGCUUUUACGCCGUGGAAAUGCGGAGUCAAUCUCGACGGCACAGAGAGAACCGUUCCCGCCAUUUUAGUUGGGGAUAAAGUAUAUUGCGAAGUUAUGGAGUUCUUAAAUGAUUCUGAUAAGGCUGUGAUUGAAGGAAAUGUCGUCGUGUUGUGGGACUAUAAUAAGGCUUUUGAUGGUUCGUUGCCAAUUAAAAUAUGUAGAUGCAAUUUAGACGCCUCGUGCGAAGCUUGUAAGCCAAAAUAG